CCCCCCGUGCUGUUCCGGAUGAGACGCCUCCCUCCCUCCGCCCCUCUGAUCCUCUUAUCAGCGAGCGCGCGGCCAAGAUGGAUGUUGUAAACCAGCUGGUGGCCCAGGGCCAGUUCACCAUAAUCAAACAACCACUGGGAUUCAUCAAAGUUCUUCAGUGGAUCUUUGCUAUCUUCGCCUUCUCGACAUGUGGCAGCUACUCUGGCAUGUUCAAGAUGAGUGUGGAGUGUAAAAACCGGUCGGACAGCGACCUCGGCAUUGAAGUAGAAUUUGAAUAUCCUUUCAGGCUCCAUCAGGUUUACUUCGACGCCCCCACCUGUAAGGGAGGGAACCGCGAGCGCCUGUUCCUGGUCGGAGACUACUCCUCUUCAGCCGAGUUCUUCGUCACCAUUGGUGUUUUCUCCUUCCUGUACUCCAUGGCGGCCCUGGCUGCAUACUGCUUUGUGCUGGAGAAGUACCGUGAAAACAACAAGGGGGCUCGGAUUGACUUUGGCGUGACAGCAGUGUUUGCCUUCAUGUGGCUUGUUUCCUCGUGUGCGUGGGCCAAAGGUCUGUCGGAUGUGAAAACAGCUACCGAUCCAGAUAGAGUCAUCACUCUCAUCGGAGCCUGUGAUGAGCCAGAGGUUCGCUGCAAAGAGGUCUUUGAGCCCAAGGUCUCGGGCCUCAACACGUCUGUGGCUUUUGGUUUCAUCAACCUGAUUCUGUGGCUGGGGAACCUGUGGUUCGUCUUCAAAGAGACCGGCUGGAUGGCUGCAUUCGCUGGAACAUACGUCCCCUCGCAGGAGAAGCAGCCCGCCCCCGAUUCCUUCGGACAGGGAGGCUACGGACAGCAGGACCCCUACGCCGGCACCCAGGGGGGAUACCAGCCUGAAUAUGGCCAACAAGGAGGCUACAGUGAAGAUGGAGGUUACAACCAGGGCUAUGAACAGCAGCCCACCUCCUACUCCAAUCAAAUGUGAGCCUGCACAGCUGAAACCGCCGCCGCAGGAUGGUUAACCUUGUGAUGUUUUGGAGAACGGUUCUCGACCACCGCCUGCAUUUCCACAACCCUCUGUGUGUGUGUGUGUGUGUGUGUGUGUGUGUGUGUGUGUGUGUGUGUGUGUGUGUGUGUGUGUGUGUGUGUGUGUGUGUGUGUGUGUGUCAACAGGCAGAGGGAGGGGGGGCACCAGGGUGGGGGGAGGAUAGGGGAGUCUUUGCUGUAACAUGAUGAUUAUUCUUGUGGUGUAUUUUAACUGUAGAAGACAACAGAGGAUUGUCUGUUUGGUUAUACAAGAAAAACUUGAAUACAAAUACCAAAACAUUUGUUGAUGAACAUUUAAGGUACAUCUUGCAAAGGAGACGACUUACAUUUAUGAGAAAAAAAAACUAAAACAUAAAAAACAAAAAAAAAACCUGUAGUAAUAUUUAACUUGAGAGAAUGUAUCUGUCUGUGCUGUGUAAA